UGGGAGAAAGUCGCCUGAGAGGCCAUGGCGUCGCUCAGUGGUAGCACCGUCGUCUGCGCGGUCUGCUUGGAGAAGCCCAAAUACCGCUGCCCCACCUGCCGCGUGCCCUACUGCUCCGUGACCUGUUUCCGGAAGCACAGAGAGCAGUGCAAUCCUGAAACUCGUCCUGCUGAGAAAAAAAUAAGAUCAGGUGUUACUGCAAAAACACCUGUGGAAAACAAAGAUGAUGACGAUGAUGCUAUAGCUGAUUUUCUCAAUAGUGAUGAGGAGGAGGACAGAGUUGCUUUGCAGAACUUAAAGAACUUAGGUGAGUCUGCAGCAUUAAGAAGCUUACUGCUCAAUCCACACCUUAGACAGUUGAUGGUCAGCCUAGAUCAGGGGGAUGACAAGGCCAAGCUCAUGAGAGCCUGCAUGCAGGAGCCCUUGUUUGUGGAGUUUGCUGACUGCUGUUUAAGGAUCGUGGAACCCCCCCAGAAUGAGGAUUCUUAAAAUGGACUAUCAUGCUACUUGCUCCUUCCAGGAGACCAGCUAAUGUGAGGCCCUAAGCAAGGGCAGUGAUUUCCAGGACGCAGACCGGCUGACGUAGGGUAGGUCACUCGAGUCUUCACCUCCAUCGCUGUGGGCUUGGGUGUCAAGCAGAUGGGGGCAGUCAAGGUAGCACACAUUCAAAUGGUUGUUUUAAAGUUAUUUAUUUUUGGUACAGUUAAGGCAGAUAUCAUAAGUGAUAUAAUUUAUCAAGUUUCACACUCAUUUGAGUGAAAACUUGCUCAGUGUUAAUAAAAUCAAGAAGUGGUUCUGUGGUAUA